CUUUGGCUGCUUGCCUCGUUAACAAUGUCAAUGCUGGUGCUUGCAAACCAAGAUCUUCAUUGGUUGCCGAGAAUCAGUCAACCUUGAGUACAAUUUCUUCUGCCACCCUCAGCAUCGCGACCGAAACCUCUGCCAUCGCGGGAACAUACACAGCAUCUGAGAAAUCUACCCCUGCCGUCACCACAUCAUCUCAGUUCCCCGAGCUGUCAUCGACCACAUCCGAUUCAACCACCACGGCCUCGGCAGCACCAGUAGCUCCUAUCUGUGGCCAGUAUGGCACUUGCUCUCCUCUCAGCGAUGGAUGCAGGGUUCGCAUCGCCGGAAGCUCUCCACUCUAUCUCGGCGAAUGUCAGGAUCUUUGUCGCGCCGACGCCAAUUGCAAGUCUAUAAUGUACAACACCCGCCAAGGAGACUGCUUUCUCAACUCGAACGUUUCCCAAGACUCGGAAUUUUAUCAUGAUUCUUCCCCACAGUCUGUCUGGUACGACAACAGUUGCGAUAUCGAGAAUCGCGAGCCCGAUCCCAUCUGUGGUGCUUACGGGGACUGCAACGAAAGCAAAUGUAACCCAGUACCACAGCAGGGCUCCUUCACCGCCAUGAGCUGCCAGCAGGCGUGCACUACCGAUGAUAACUGUGGCUCAUUUGCCUUCUUCCCUACUUUUAAUGGCUGCUACUUUCUUUCCGAAUCUCUAUUCAAAUCCUGGUUCUAUACGAAAGACACGUCGCUGGGCUGGUGGUUUGACCGCGUCUGCAUCAUUGAGGAAGCUGAUUGA